AUGUCAUCCACAAGUCCACAUCGCAAAACGGUACUAUCCAACCCGAACUUUACGAGAGUACCAAAUGCACCGAGACCAUCCCUGGAAUUGAAUGAUGAGAAUGUUUUGUUCUCUAGUCGACGCCUGUUGGAAAAGCACACUAAACGAUGGAAACUCGCAGUUAACCUUAGUCAAAACUCCGGACUACUGAACAGUUCUGCUUUACAUUUCACUCCCGCUGAGCAUGCAGCUGUGACCAACCCGAUUCGGGCGUCUUUUAUAAAUGUGCACCGAACAUCCACGCCACAUUUACGACAUUCUUUUCGACAGACUAGUAGUGAGGAUGUGUUAAAUUCAGCUCUAAUCGGUGCUCCCCGACUUGCUCUGAAUCAGUCUCUUUCUAGCAGCGUUGAAGAAUCUGGAACAACGGGAAACUUGAAUCAGACAGACUAUGCGGGAGUUGCCACGAGCUCGUUCGAAGAGGAACAGCAGUCGCAAAGACCGGACAGAAUUCCCUCACUUGUGUCUCCGCCCGUUCGACCCCGUCAAAUUAUCUGUACAGAAGCAACUAAAAAGCAGCAGCUCGAAAUUAGUCAGCUGAGUACAGCCAGUAACGGUCCUUUCCGGUGUCGAAUUUGCUUAGAAGAAGGUGAUCCUGAACGAGUCCUAUUAUCUCCCUGUCGAUGCAAGGGAACUGUGGGUCUGGUUCAUCGUCAUUGUUUACAACGCUGGAUACUUGAAUCCGGCAAACCAAGUUGUGAGUUAUGUGGGUAUGCCUAUAUUAUGACUCCGUCCCGACGCCGAUCAGCCCCAAUGUUUUCGCAGCGUGUGGCCAGACGUUUCGGAUCGUUUCGAGAAUGGAUUAAUCUUGCAACAACCAGAAAGCAUUUAAUGACAGAUUUAAUUUGUCUCACUCUACUCACUCCGAGUACAUAUCUCGGCGUGUAUUUCUGUCUGAUGGGUGCAAUGAGCUACGCGAAAGAGAGUGUUUUGAGUUGGCAAGUGAUUGGUUUGGGGACCUUGGCUCUCCUUCUAGUCUUUUUGCUCACGUUGUGGGUGAUUUUGGCUGUCCGGCAUCAUUGGAACAACUACCAGCGUUAUCGAUAUUACCAACGUCGGAGAACGGCUGAGGAAACAGAACGAAUGGCCGCUCUUCCUCGUUGGCGUUUCUCUAUUCAACCUCGACCUAGGGGCUCGUCUAUUUACUUGCAUUCCCUUACUGACCAAACUGCUCGAUUGGGUGAUUCCGUCUCUUGCACCAACAAUUCCGAAUUGACCCGAGAUGCGUCGUCCUCCGGACAGUUUUCAACCUCGGUCUCGUCUGAAAUGGAAAUUCAAACGCAAUUCGUUCCCGGAUUGCAAAGUAGACAAAGAUUGCACUCAACAAGUCAACAAAUCGUGGUUUCUGUCGCUCUGUCUGCAGUUCCGGAAGUCACGGAAGAAUACUCCACACCAAGUGCCAACCAAGGAAGUGAAGAUUUAGUGUAA